AUGAAAAUUAAAAAGUAGAAAAACCAUAGAUCAAAAUAUUAAAGCAUUAAUUCUAGUGAAAGAGAACUUAUCAUUCAGUAUAUUAAAGAAUAUAAGUACUCGACGUCUCAUGUAUAAUAUUUAAUUAUGCCAAGGUCUCUAUGAUUACAGGACAUAAUAUCUCGACAAUAAAAGCAAUUUAUAAAGUUUAUAAAAAUGAAGGAAGAGUUCAAAAAAAAGACAAAAGGGAUAAAAUAUUAAACGUAGUCUCUUAAGUAUAAAUAUUUAUGGUUGAUGAAAUGUAAAUAAUUGGUUUAUAUUUAAGAAAAUAAAGUCUUGCAAAUAUAGGAGAAGAAAUUACAGAGUAUAAGGGUCUUAAAGAUAAUGAUCAUUAUGUAAGAGAAUAAACAGAAUAAAUGAUUAAAUAGCUACUUUAAAAAAAGUAAUUUCAAAUACUAAGCAAAUUAAGUAACUAAUAGGCUAUUGAAAUCUUUAAAACAGAGAUGAAUUCAUUCUUUUAAUAGAAAAGCUUAACUAAUGAUUUCAGUAUCAUAACUCCAAGUUCUUUACAAUAAUUUUUAGAAAGACAAUAAAUCAAAUUUUCAAGAAAUAAAAAUCAAGAAAAAUAUUCUGAUAUAACUUAAGUUCCAUUAAUUUCAAAUAAAUUCUUAAGUUCAGAUAUUCUAAUCCUUCUUGAUGAAUAACAUAAAUUAAUGAAGACAUAAAAUUGA